UUUCAGUAGUUGUGCAGCGACGAGCCAGUGAUGUUGUGUUUGGUGGUUGAAGUUGAUCCAAUUCUCAAGUUAUCCGACUUUUCCUGAGUUGACCACCAGAAGACACCGUCUUGGGCGGCCAGAGCAGAUUGCCGAAUCGGGGGGAUACAGAUACGGAUAUAGUGGUCGGAGAUCGCACCGCCUCCUGGCUGUUAUUCUCGCGUUAAUUAUACGAUGGGUCUGCUAUCGCUGUUGCGUAAACUGAGACCCAAUCCGGAAAAGGAGGCUCGCAUCCUGCUCCUAGGAUUGGAUAAUGCUGGCAAGACCACGAUACUGAAGCAGCUGGCAUCGGAGGACAUAACCACGGUAACGCCCACGGCAGGAUUUAACAUCAAGUCCGUGGCAGCCGAUGGUUUCAAACUGAAUGUAUGGGAUAUUGGUGGUCAAUGGAAGAUACGUCCAUAUUGGAAGAACUAUUUUGCGAAUACUGAUGUGCUGAUCUAUGUAAUUGACUGUACAGAUCGGACUCGCCUGCCCGAGGCGGGUAGUGAACUAUUCGAAAUGCUCAUGGACAAUCGGUUGAAGCAAGUUCCCGUGCUGAUUUUCGCUAACAAACAGGAUAUGCCGGAUGCCAUGAGUGCCGCCGAGGUGGCCGAGAAGAUGAGCUUGGUGCAACUGCAGGGACGAACCUGGGAGAUCAAGGCCUGUACCGCUGUGGAUGGCACUGGACUAAAGGAGGGAAUGGACUGGGUCUGCAAGAAUAUGAAGAAGUAAUCUAAAUUAUAGUAAUCGUCGCCUGUUAAGUUGUCCCUAAGAACUAAAUAUACGUACCUACAUUUCAACUCACCAAAAGUAUC